AUGAAAUCCAAGCCUCCUGAACAUUUCGAUUUGAAAGAGGCUCAAGGUAUUGACCCUUCUCAUAGAACACAUCUUCCGGACUUCAAUUUUAAGCCAACUAAAAAACGUUCAAAAUCAGUGGUUAUUGGUAAGUGGUACUGCCCUUUUUUGUUCAUCAAAGAUGGGAGGGUGAAAGAUCAAAUGAUAGAGGACGUCUUCUAUGAAAUGACACUUGAGCAAAGAUGGGAACGGAUAUAUGGUGCUGAGAGGGAUUACGGCGAGGAAAAGAUGAUAACACUCGAUGUGGUGGUUCCAACAGAAAUGGUAAGGAUUGCAGGGCAGAAAGCUACACAAGAAGAGAAAAUUGAUAACAGAGGAGUGGUGUGGUUUAAGGCUAUAGAUGGAAGCGGGACAGAAACCCGAGUUGGGCUGAGCUCAUUGAUUAUAGAAAGAAUAAUGUGGGAAGAAAAAAGAGUUGGAUGGGUUACAAAGAAAGAGAAGUGGAUUAGGGUCAUAAGAGAAAAGGAAUAUGAAGGCAUGGGACACUGA